AUCAUAAAACAAAAACAUCCGAUAUUUCAAUAUUAAACAAUUGCCUUCACUCCAGUCAUGACAUUCUGUCAAAAUUGUACGUAGAAAUGUUCAUUUCAUACUAAAAAAAUUGAAUUAUUCAUCCGCCCCGAUCUUUACGCCACCAAUAAAAGCUUUACCUGGGAGCAGAUCCACCCAAAUCUCCAGUAAUUUGAUUCAGUUACGACGUGAUAAACAAUGGUCAACCUUCCGAAAAAAUCCCUAGAACUUGUGAUAUCAGCAAUAAAGAACAUGCAGGAGAGAAAAGGUUCGAGUUGCCGGACGAUAGUAAAUUACGUCUCAUCCCUGUGCGACGUACCCCGAGAUAUCGCUCAGCGUCAGGUUUUGGCUGCGUUAAAACGCGGUACAAUUCAUGGAAUUUUACGAGAGACAGAUGGCUACUACAGUCUCCCAACAGGCGCCUCGAGCGAGCACCUGGAGGUGGCCAGGCAGGAGCUGGGGCUGUUGGAUCUCUCGUGUCGGAAGCGGAAACAAGAGGCGAGGAAGCGCAAGAGUUCGGUGGGAUGUGGUGGGAGUAAAAAGACAAUGAGGAAAAAAUCGCGUCGGGGCCGAAGUCGCAGGAGGAAGGCAUCCAAGGGGAGGAAACCCAGAGGAUGCGGAAGUGCACGGGGCAAGAGGAGGAAGAGGACGAGGAAGCGGAGCAGACGGGGCAAGAGCAAGAGCAAGAGUAAGUACAACUGCGGACCGGGGAAGUCGAGGAGGAGCAAACGACGGAGGAGUAAAAAGCGGAAUGGAAAGAAGAACAAGUCCUGCGAAUGUCCUUCGAAGGUCAAGCUGAGGGCCCCGAAGAGCGACAAGUGCGGAUUUAAUUUUGUUGAUUACAUUGGGAGGAGGGAGCUAGAGGUGUGACCUGUGUGAAGACAUUUUUAGGAUUUUUUUAAAAGAAAAAUUUGGAGGGAAAAAUAUAUGUCUUGGAAAAUUU